GGGCGAGCCUGCUCGUCUCGUAAUUCUGCGCCAGAGACACGGUUCCUUCCGUGGCCGGCGCGAAGGGAUCCCCCCAUUGAAAUAAAUAGAGCACACGCGGGUUACCCGGGGCGUUCAGGCACACCGUGAAAUUCCUGAUCUUCUCUCCCAGCAUUUAUUACCCCUUUCGUGGAGAACAGCGAGGACACCGCGACGCUUGCGCCGUUUACCGGCCGGACCCGGUGACCAACCAGAAAACACUCCGAUGUAAACAGAGAGCGGAGUUUUUAAACGGCGAAAAAAAGAGUUCGAGCGGCGAGACGCUCGCGGACGAGAAAGAGAGGGGAACAGAGAAAAAGAGAGAGAGAGAGGGAGAGAGAGAACGAGGCCCGGCCUCGCUCCCUCUAGCUCGGUCCGAUUCGCUCGCUCCUAUCCCCACCACCCACUCUUUCUUUCUCUCGUGACGAAAGGACGUUCGAGAUUAUCCGAGCGAGCGUUUCUACGAGGGGAAAGUCGUGUCUUUGAUACACACCAGUUUUCAAUUGUCGCUCGAGAAGAUUCCGCGCGAGUACCAAGAGUCGCCUAAAGCCGCCCCCCGCCGGUCUCCCCAAGUAACCCGCCGCAGUUUCGCAUAAGUCUAUCCAGAGACCCCGCUGUGUUUUCUUUCGGUCGCCGCGAACGGUGUGCCGGGAACAACAACAACGUCCAAGGAGACAGCAGACAGCAGCAGAACUGCGACGAUUGUUCUUGUCGUGCGAGGUGUAGUGACUAGAUAUAUUUGCUGUGUCCGAGAAGAUACACUGUGCGCAGAGAGCCGGAGGAGCGAGAGGAAGACAAGAAGAGAGAGAGAGAGAGAGAGAGAGAGAGAGCGAGAAAGAGAGAGAGAGGCGGAAAAAGAGAGAAACCGUGGACCAAGAUGCUCGACUUCGAACAACAGGCUAAUCAGGCACAGGCAUUGGCGUCGCUCGACGAAGACUGGCACCUGCUAGAGGACGCUAAGAUGAGAUUAGAAGAGGAUCUAGUUAUACGCAGGAGCCGACCUACGAUGAUUUCCGCCAAAUAUCGUGCGAGAGAGGAGCGUCGACGUCUUCUGAAGAUCUCCGCCGGGAAGUUGAGGAGGAUCGAGGACCCGGAAGCGAGCCUCUGCAGAUCUGUGCUUAUCAACAACGCCGUGAGACGGUUGCAACGCGAGAACAGGGACGAGAAGACGAGGAACUACGGGCUUCCGGUGGUCCCGUAUCUGAACGACUCCACCAAAGAGAACAAUGUUUCGAGCAACCUUAUCGUCGGCGUGACGGACGACGACACCACCUCCAGAAAAAGAUUGAGCGACGACACGAGGAACGACGGGCUCGGGCCGAAGCGGCAGAGGCACGACGACCUCGACCUCCAGGACGACGUGUUCAGCGACUUCUACAUCCUGCCGCCGACACCUCGGCUGUUGUCCCACAUCGACGAGGUCCAGGAGCCGGAGAACCCGCACCACCACCACCUGGUCUACCCGGAGGAUCGUUUGGGCGGCAUCGACGUUCGAUCGUCGACGACGAUGAUCAGCACCAGCACGGCGAACACGACGACCAACAGCAGCAGUAACAGCAACAACAACAACAGCAACAACCCCACCACCGGCACCACCACCACGAGUAGUUGCUGCAGCUCCGCGAUGUUCCCCAGCGAGCUGGACGACUCUGCCGCGCAGUUGAACAGCGUGGUCGCGAGAUCCGGCGACGUGGGCAUGAUGGAGGCGUCCGACGUCGUUGACCCCGACCGGAUCUGCGACUUCGCCAGGUUCGCGGACUCCGCGAAGAGCCUGGAGGAGCGUCUGGUCGAGCUACAGUCGCUGGACGAGCAUUUCGACCUGGCGAAAUUCGAGAGAAACAACAACCAGAGCUGCGGCAGGGCCUUCCACGACAUCCAAACGUUCCACAGUCUAGUGCCGGGUCUGGAAACUUAGAAGGGAGCCUCGUGCCUUGAGCACCACCCUGCUAUCGUCGAUCACGACUACGCGGGCAGACGGUUUCGCGGCACACACGAGGACACACGGCGAGGAUGAACCUGGACUAUGGAGGGCGAAGAUGAGAAGAAAGAGAGGCGGCUGGCUGGCCGGUCGAUCGUUCGGUUAUAGGCCGGCGAUCGAGCGGCCGAAUUGGCUUCGCGGACACCGUCGCCUCUCGUCGAGGAUGUAUUUGGUACCGAAGACUCGGAAGAGGACUCUUCUCUCUGGUCGGUUGUAUCCUGGCGAGCGAUCUCGGGAAAACAGCCGUGUGCCGAACAGUUUUCUCGCGCAUCCCGGGACCGGAAAUAGAAUCCUGAACGACGCGGUCGCCAGACGACGGGGAUCAAAUCCAUAGAAAUUUUUAUCGGCUCCUCGGUCGUAACGCAUGGCAAUCGUUCUAUGAAAGACGCGAAGGAGUAUUAUAGAUUUAUACGGGCCGGGCAUUAACGGUUAAGCCUCGAGCAAACAGCAACGAUCGGUGCCAGAGUCGUUCGGCGGAGGAGCGUCGCGUUUACCUCAUGCUGUCCCACGGAUUUCAUUCUGACGUCGCGCGAUCGCGUCUGUUUUAUAUAGAUAAGAAAUGUUAGAGAAGAAAUACGGUGUUCUCUUGUCGCAUGCUGUACGAAUCGCGUUUCUCUUUGUGGUAUCGUCGACCCUGAUGGAAACGUACGGGCGAAGACGCGCAGAAAGUGAACGUGCAACCGGAGGAUACUAUUGUAGAACGCUUUUCGCAUAGCCUCGAGGAGGUCCCUUCGUCGUUAGCCAGAUCUAUCGAGGUACCGCUCUAGAGUUCGAUUCGGUAUUUCGUGGUGUAUACGUACACGCGCACACACAUACACACAGGAUUUGAACGCCGAAAGUUGUACGUACGAUCGUCGGUACCAAAAUGUCCUGAAAUACGCAUAGGCAUCCUGCAUAUAUAUGUAUACAGUGCACACGUUGUAUGUAUAUAUAUAUGUGAUUUGUAUAUAUUCAAGUACGUUUGUAAGAGCACGUUAAUUGAUAAUAUUAUAGGUGAAUUUGUAGUGGAAUUUCUUCGAUGGACAAUUACGCGAAGUGCAACAGACGAGAAAUGCCGCGAACGACGGAACGCGUUUCUCGCGCCUCUGUAAAAAUGCCUUUAGAGUAGCGUCGUGAGUUAAACAAAUAAUAAUAAUAAUGUGGUGGUGUGCGAUGAAAUCGAACGAAUUCACUGUACCCUGCGAUAAUGCUACGGUGGGCCUUAAUUGUUGCGCAACGUUCUUCGGUUAUACCUAUUAAUGAUAUUUCGUCUCGCGUUGUCGCCUUCUCGUUCCGCCGACAAUAACGAGGGGGCCAGUCGCAUCCUCGCAGUCCUUCAACGACAAAUCUAAACUGCUUCUCGAGCGUUCUGUCGAAGAACCUUUUUAAAUCGGAUUCGGAUUCGGUUCGGUUGGAUUGGCUAUAUAUAUACGCAAUAUCGCAUCGUCGAUAGCAGAACUGUCAAACGAUACGGCGCGGCUCGGUAAACGGGUUGGAUCAUAAAUAGAUAAAAAAGAUAUAAGAGAAAUAUGUUCGAACAUGAGAAACAAUGAACAGUCGUCUAGCUAGAAAUGGUAACUGAGAAUUUGUAUAAUAAGUUAAGAUUUUAUUCGCAUGACUGGAACUUACAGGUUUUUUUAAGAAAGGGGUGGAGGAACGCGUUUAUGAUUCAACCCUAUAUUUGCAAGUAGGCUUCGAGCGAGUUGUUAAUUUGGAUUUGGGUUCGUGUUUAAUCGUUCCACGCUGAUCGGAAUGGAUAAGAAUAAUUGCGAGAGGAUUGACGAGAACGGUACAGCCGAGCGUUCGUUUUCACUAGUUACAAAUUUUUUUGUUCGCUUUGUAAAAGUGUAUGUUCCAUUUCGAUACGUCAAACGACUUACUACGGUCUCACGACCGCGCGUAACGCGGAAUUUUGUUAACUCAACUCUCCCCCCUGUCCCCCACAAGCUAAGAAUGUCGCAAUAAGUUUUGUAAAAUUUUGUUACGAUGAAAACGAUACACGCGACCGUGUAAUAUUAAUUUGUACACAUUGUUCUUGUACAUAGAUAAUGUAUUGUUCGAAAGAUACAUAUAUAGAUAAGCUCGAUUGAUAAAAAAUGGUGUAUCUUCGCGUGAACUCUGCAGACACUAUAUGGUGCAAUACUUUGUACAUCCGGUUGGCCAACCGGUGAGAAUCCGCGAAUCAAUUUUAAACAUGAAUCCUGUUGUCGGGUACAGUUUUUUUUCGAGGAAUCGGGGGAUCGAGAUUUCCAAGAAGAUUCUCCACGGAGAAGAUACUGCCCUAAAAAAAGAAUGUUUGUCAUUAAUUCGUGGACCAAGUCGGUUAUAUUUCACGUUGAUCCAUUUUUUAAGAGUGGCUCCGGCACGAGCGAGGCUACGGAACAGACUUAACAUCGUAAAAAGAUUUUGUGAUCGGCGACAACGAUUUUGGAGAAAAAUACCUUGGUUUAUCAUUAAUUUUCUUUUACGAUGGAAUUAUCCAGAACCAACAUUGUCUCUCUCUCUCCAAUCGCGUUCCGAUUUGUCUUAUUAUCCGAUGAAUGAAAUUGAAAAAAAUGUGUGUUUAGAAUUACGAUCAUAUCGUAAUAAUAUUAGCGUGUAAUAUUCUCGCGAUUUCGCUUGAAUAAUUACCAUCGAGAGUAUGGUACUCACUUUUACACUUUGAUAAGGAUACAAAAAAAAAAUAGGGUUAUAGAACCCUCAGGCUCGCGUGACACAAAAAUACAUCGGAUGUUAGAUCUAUUCUUAGCUUCGCCCCGUGCCGUUUCCAUCUAACUUAUCCCUCUUUCCCGUACCGUUCACAAAAGUGCUAAAAAGGAAUUGGAUGUUCGACGACGCGUUGUUUUCCACAGCCUUUUAUUUUACGUUUUCGUUCGAAAGUGAUCUUUCGUAUGCCCCCUUACCUUCUUCUUUAACCUUCCUCGACUCGCAACCAGAUUCUUUUCCAUAUCUUCAUCCCCUCUGGUAACGAGAAAUCGGUCGCCGAAUCACGGGCGACGCCCUCUGUGCACGCACGGCACAACUAGCACCUAAAGGGUCACCGCGAAUCUGUUUCCGUUACACGUGAUCGUAUCGGUGAAAAUCGAAGCAUUGUCAAAACUUUUACAAAAUCCCGUGAGAGCUGCUGGAAAAGAAGUAACUGUAAUAAAGCAAACGGUGAUAAAGAGACUGCGGGUGUUUAUGCGAAUUUACAAUUUUUAUAAAUAAAUUUACAAAGCUGUUGAUUGGACGAUUUGCCGACAGAAUUUGAUAGGACCGUUGAACCGAUAGUCCCUCGGUAAAUAAAUAAAUAAAUAAAUAAAUAAAACGAAGCUGUAGAGCUGAGCGAACCGAUCGAACAACCGGUUUAACAAAACAAGAAUAAUCCACGGAUCAAAGAAAUUCUCUAUUCAGAUCAAUAAAGAUCCGCAGUCUGCGAUAUAUACAUAUGCAUAAACGUGAAAAUAAUGCAAAAAAAAUCCAAUCUUCCUUUCGAACGUUCGAACCGCAGUUCGAGGGGGAUGUUUCGUGUCUCAGCUCGAUGCACGAUUGUCUGCGAUAUCGGUAGAAUCGAGAUCUCGAAUCUCGUGGUUCGACGCGACAUUGUCACACACUGUAAAUAGCUGCCUUAGCCACCCGUGUAAGAGUAAUCAACUAUGUAUAAAGUUUCAUACAUUGUUUAGGUUUUUAGUACUAGUUAUCCGAGAUCAGUUACCAAUUAUACGAACAAUUUGCGAAUAAACUGCAAAAAUAUAA